AUGUGGGCCACCCUGUACCUGCCUUGGUGGGGAGGGCAAAACCACAGGAAGGCACAACACAAAUAUGUUUAUCGCUUACAGGACCUAUAUAAACCUCGACAGCCCUACACCGCGCAUAGCUUUCUGUCUCCUGAGCAGGGCACCGAGGACAGAAUGAUGGACGUGGAAUAUUCCAGCACCGCUUACUACGAUUACUACGACCAGAACAACGAGACGGACCACGACUGCCCGCCCCAAGACUCGGCUCAUGCCCGUUGGGUCCUACCCAUGCUUUACUUGGUCUUCUUUGUGCUUGGAUUUAUUGGCAACGUAAUGGUGAUUGCGGUGCUGUCCAGACGGAACGCCCGAAGGGCCGAUACCUUCAUCCUCAACUUGGCGGUCUCCGACCUCCUCUUUGUCCUGACGUUGCCACUGUGGGCAACCUCUCUAGCGCUGAGUGGCUUUUGGCCAUUUGGGGUCCACAUUUGCCGUGCCAGUGGUUUCCUCAUUGCAGUCACUCGAUGCGCCAGCUCCAUGCUUAUGGCCAUCAUGAGCGUUGACCGCUACCUCGCAGUGAAGAAGGGGCAGAAGGUCCACCUGCUUCGUAGUCCUACCUGCUCCUUUGGGACCUGCUGCACGGUCUGGGCUUUCUCCUUCGUCAGUGGCAUCCCGGCUAUUUUCUCCCGAAGAAUCGAUAACAGAAACCUCACUUGUAUGGAGUCUUCGGCAUCGCCGAUCAGCACCGCUCUGAAAGCGGCCAACAUUAUGGUCACGUUUGCCCUGCCCUUUUCCGUGGUCGUCUUCUGCUACUGCUCCAUGGCCAAGCAUUUGUGGAAAUAUUUUGGAGACCAGAAAAAUGUUUUCAGCGGGACAACGAAGCGCCGGUAUGGGCACAGCUGGCUGCGCAUUGUGUCGUGUGUGGUGGCCGCUUACUGCCUCUCAUGGUUUCCUUUUAACACUCUCAGUAUAGUAACUGUGGUGGCCCAGCUGGGCCCGGCUCUUCCGUGCCACACGUUGGAUGCCAUUCGCCAAGCUAUAAGCGCGGCGGCCGCAUUGGCAUUUGCCAACAGUUGCACCAACCCCCUAAUCUAUGCCCUCCUGGACGCGGGAUUCCGACGCCGAGCCAAGCAAGCCAUACCGUGGCUACUGUGCGUCUGCUGUCCGCUGAAGCUGCUGUCCUUCAGAGGUUGGAGCUUCUCCGGCUCUCCUGGAAGCACAGAAAGCACCAGCACCUACACAGACAGCGCAGUAAGGCAACCGGUAAAAUGA